GUUAGGCUGGUUGUCAGCUACCGAAACCAGCCACAAGAGGAAAGCGCUGCAGCGGCGUUGAUCCGUUCACAUCUACUUUCAUGGUCCUAAAACGGAGUCUUCCGGGUCUGAGCUCUACUUUAUCCCUUUACUUUACCCUGAGGUUGUCCUUGUUGUCCUCGGGUGCAUUUUUCACACCGUCCCUGUACUUUGACAGUGUGUUCAGACCUGACCAGAGGAGCCAUGACAGAGUUCCAGGAGAAGCUCCGUCAGCAGCACGAAGAGUCGAUGCACCGCGAGCUGGAGGCGCUGCUCGCCACAGCCGACAAGGCCGAAGCAGAGAUCUCCAGGAAGGACUUUGAUGGCUUCAAGAAGCUUUUCCACAGAUUCCUGCAGGUCAAAGGUCCUUCAGUCGACUGGGCCAAGAUCAACCGGCCGCCGGAGGACUCGAUCCAGCCCUACGAGAAGAUCAGAACCAAGGGUCACCCUGACAACAUCACCACCAGUCUCAACAAGCUUGCUGUGGUCAAACUGAACGGUGGUCUGGGAACCAGCAUGGGCUGCAAGGGCCCCAAGAGUCUGAUCAGCGUCCGCAACGAGAACACCUUCCUGGACCUGACGGUGCAGCAGAUUGAGCAUCUGAACAAAACCUUUAACGCCAACGUGCCGCUCGUUCUCAUGAACUCCUUCAACACCGACGAAGACACAAAGAAGAUUCUGCAGAAGUACAAACACCACCAGGUCACCAUCCACACCUUCAACCAGAGCAGGUAUCCGAGGGUCAACAAAGAGUCGCUGCUGCCAGUUGCCAAAAACAUGGGAAUGAGCGGCAAUAAUGCGGAGGCCUGGUACCCGCCGGGUCACGGAGACAUCUACGCCAGCUUCUAUAACUCCGGGCUACUGGACAAGCUCAUCGCUGAGGGGAAAGAAUACAUCUUUGUGUCCAACAUCGACAACCUGGGCGCCACCGUCGACCUCUUCAUCCUGCAGCACCUGAUGAGCCGGCCGGCAGACAAACGCUGCGAGUUCAUCAUGGAGGUCACCGACAAGACCAGAGCCGACGUCAAGGGUGGGACUCUGAUCCAGUACGAGGACCACCUUAGACUGCUGGAGAUUGCUCAGGUCCCAAAGGCCCACGUUGACGAGUUCAAGUCUGUCACCAAGUUCAAGAUCUUCAACACCAACAACCUGUGGAUUUCACUGCCCGCCAUCAAGAGGCUGCAGGAGAAGAACUCCAUGGACCUGGAGAUCAUCGUCAACCCCAAGACGCUGGAUGGCGGUCUGAACAUCUUCCAGCUGGAGACAGCCGUUGGUGCCGCCAUCAAGAGCUUCAAGAACGCCAUGGGCGUGAACGUCCCUCGUAGCCGCUUCCUGCCGGUGAAAACAUCAUCCGACCUGCUGCUGGUGAUGUCCAACCUUUACAGUCUGGAGGCCGGCUCCCUCACCAUGAGCAAGAAGAGGGAGUUCCCCACCACGCCGCACGUCAAGCUGGGCAGCUCCUUCACCAAGGUUCAGGAGUUUCUGGCCAGGUUUGAGAACAUCCCAGACAUGCUGGAGCUCGACCACCUGACCGUGUCCGGAGACGUCACCUUCGGAAAGAACGUGUCUCUGAAGGUAAACGACAUGUCCAGUCGCUGGCCGCUGACCUUUGACAUUUCACAGCUUUUGAAGAAAAUGCACAACUGUUCAAAAGUUCGGGGUCACCUCUUUUUCCAUUGAAUAACUUUAAAUGGU